GCUGUUGUUGAAUUGAUCCAUUCUCUUUCUUUCUCUACCCCCUUACCCUCCUGGUUGCGCUGAUCAGCCGUCUUUCUGACCGGAAGACAACCACAAAUACCCCGUCAUGUCUUCCGACCAGCAGAACCUUCAUUUCGAGACCCUCCAGCUCCAUGCUGGGUGCGUUUUCUUGGCUUGCAUUAACAAUAUAUUCAUGCUGACCGCUCUCAAGUCAGGAGCCUGACUCCGCAACCAAUGCCCGCGCGGUCCCUAUCUAUGCCACCACUGUUCGUUCGAUUCUUUAUGGCAAUCCCAAUUGCUUUCCUACCAUCCACUUACAAUUAUGGACUAGUCCUUCGUCUUCAAUGACUCCGCUCACGGAGCUAGGCUCUUUGGCCUCAAAGAAUUCGGAAACAUCUACAGUCGAAUUAUGAACCCGACGGUAGAUGUCUUCGAAAAGCGCAUUGCGGCUCUCGAGGGCGGUGUUGCUGCCGUCGCAACCUCGUCCGGCCAGGCAGCCCAGCUUCUGGCGAUUGCGGGACUUGCUCACGCCGGUGACAAUAUCGUAGCGACGAGCAACCUGUACGGUGGUACCUACAAUCAGUUCAAGGUUCAAUUUGCUCGGUUUGGAAUCCAGACCAAAUUCGUUCAGGGAGAUAAAGCCGAGGACAUUGCCGCUGCCAUCGAUGAUCGUACCAAGGCGGUCUACCUAGAGACCAUUGGGAACCCCCGUUAUAAUAUACCGGAUUUUGAAGCUAUCGCCAAGCUUGCGCACGAGAAGGGCGUUCCAGUGGUGGUUGACAACACAUUCGGUGCUGGUGGCUAUUUCGCUCGCCCCAUCGAACAUGGUGCCGACAUUGUUGUGCACAGUGCGACCAAAUGGAUUGGCGGGCACGGGACGACAAUUGCCGGUGUCGUCGUUGACGGCGGAAAGUUCGACUGGGGUAAGCAUUCCGCACGCUUCCCACAGUUCACUGAACCUUCGGAAGGCUACCACGGCUUGAAGUUUUGGGAGACCUUCGGACCCCUUGCUUAUGCUAUCCGUGUCCGUGUUGAGCUUCUUCGCGACCUUGGGCCGUCUCUGAACCCAUUUGGAGCGCAGCAACUCCUAUUGGGUUUAGAGACACUCAGCUUGCGUUGUGAACGACAUGCUAGCAAUGCUCUCGCUCUUGCUCGCUGGCUCGAGAAGAAUGAGAAUGUUAGCUGGGUCUCUUACCCCGGAUUGGAGAGUCAUCCUAGCCACGAAACUGCCAAACGCUAUCUGAAGCGGGGAUUCGGUGGUGUUCUGUCAUUCGGUGUCAAGGGAGGAGGUGCAGCCGGUGCCCUGGUUGUUGAUGGCUUUAAGCUGAUCUCCAACCUUGCCAAGUAAGUUUCUCUCUCUCUUUGUGGAGGGCCCCCAUUCUAACCAACUUACAGUGUUGGAGACUCAAAGACUCUUGCCAUUCACCCAUGGUCCACCACUCACGAGCAACUCUCGGAGCAAGAACGUAUUGACUCGGGUGUGACUGAGGAUGCCAUCCGCAUUUCUGUCGGUACUGAGCACAUCGAUGAUAUUAUCGCCGACUUCGAGCAGUCGCUCGCGGCAGCAAACAAGACUGCUUUGCCGGAAAGAGCAGUUCAGUAGGGUAGUGCGUCAGUCGAGCAGAGAAGCCGGUCUACAGAACAGUUCUAUAGCGAGGAGGUUGAUCCAAUACCCGUGAACCUGCCAGAAGGGAUUGCUGCUCGCCUAGAAGGAAGAAACUGUUUAAAAUACUAAGGGAAGCGUCGCAGGUUAUCAUCAUCCCUAUCGCGACAACGAUACUACUACCUAGGUGAAAUAGAGUAAGCAUGUUUGUACAUAGUUUAUGGAGAUUAUUUCUUGGCAUGAAAUGUUACGAAUUUCUCCAGUCACAUUCAUUACAUUGUUUGCUGUGGAAAUAGAGACAAGAAAAAGAGGAAUAUAAUAAUAUGCCAUGAUUUU